AUGGCUUUUGAUGCCGGAGAAUCGAGUACGACCAAACGCUUGAGGCUGACUGGGCGCUGGUCGACUGCAAGUCAGAGCUUGGCAAGAGUGAUCUUGGGGAGAGGCUUGCCCCAGCUACGCUCGAAAUCGCUGAACCAAUACAUCGAGUACAUGGGACGGUCCUUCUACGUCGUCUUUAUCCGGAACUCGGGUGUUAAGUUCUACGACAUCCGUCUCAGGGGUGAACGGAUCAUUUACGAACGCUCUAUGCAGAAAGCCACUGCUCAGUAUAGUGGUGAUCAGCCGAAGGCCGCCAACACUAUUUACCAUGACACAUGCUACCGUCGUGUGCUGAGAUGGGCACACUCGUCCAAGGAUAUGAUUCUCCAAGGAGCUCUACCUUUUGGAAUCUGUGAUUACUUUCAAGGUCUUCCAAUUCUGAAAUUAGCAUAUCAUGAUGGCAAUGGUAACACGAUCAACACCAACGCUAUCUGCAUAUUCGAAGCCGACAUGAACUUCCCCUCAUCACGCCAUCGCUAUGGAGCCGGUAUCGACUACGGCUUCAAGAAGCCCGGCACUGUCAAAGGAGCCCAGCUGAUCGUUCGUAUGAUCGCGACGGUUGGCAACUAUAACUCCAUAUUCGACUACGGUUUUCACUUGUACGGCUCGCUUGAAGUCAGCGUACAGGCAUCUGGUUACCUCCAAAGCCCCUUCGACUAUCCCAUAUAA